AUGGGCACUGGAAUCAGGGAGAACUUGUUUUUGUUUUUGUAUCCCAGGAGCGGCGUGAAGGCCUGCGAGACAAUGGUCUCAGUGACUAUGGCCACUUCUGAGUGGAUCCAGUUCUUUAAGGAAGCCGGCAUUCCUCCAGGACCUGCUGUCAAUUAUGCCGUGAUGUUUGUGGAUAAUAGAAUCCAGAAGAGCAUGCUGCUGGACCUCAACAAGGAGAUCAUGAACGAGCUGGGCGUGACCGUGGUGGGCGACAUCAUUGCCAUCCUCAAGCAUGCCAAGGUGGUGCACCGCCAGGACAUGUGUAAAGCUGCCACUGAGUCGGUGCCCUGCAGUCCCAGCCCUCUCCCAGGCGAGAUUCGUCGAGGUGCCUCUAGCGCUGCCUCCCGAAUGAUCACCAACAGCCUGAACCGAGACUCUCCACCCGGCACUCCCCCCAGGCGGCCAGACACCAGCACCUCCAAGAUCUCUGUCACCGUGUCCAACAAGAUGGCAGCAAAGAGUGCCAAGGCUGCCGCCCUGGCACGCCGAGAGGAGGAGAGCCUGAGUGUUCCCACCAAGCGGCGCCGGGUCACGGCCGAGAUGGAGGGGAAGUACAUUAUCAACAUGCCCAAAGGCACCACCCCCCGGACCCGGAAGAUCCUGGAGCAGCAGCAGGCAGCGAAAGGUCUCCACAGGACAUCUGUGUUUGACCGCCUCGGCGCUGAGACCAAGGCAGACACCACAACGGGGAAUAAACCCACCGGAGUCUUCAGCCGCCUGGGGGCCACCCCCGAGACAGACGAGGACCUGGCCUGGGACAGUGACAACGACAGCAGCAGCAGCUCUGUCCUACAGUACGCCGGGGUCCUGAAGAAGCUGGGCCGCGCCCCCGCCAAGGCCAGCCCACAGCCCGCACUGCCUGUCAAAGCCAAGGCAACGAGCUCAGCGCCAGCCGCUGCCGCCCCCACGCUGCGGCGCCUGGCUCUCUCCUCGCGCCCGGCGCCCGAGAGGAAGCCGGAGGCCCUGUCCAAAGUCAGCAUCAUCCAGAGACUGGGCAAGCCCGCCCUCGUGCCCGAGGCCCAGGACAGCCAGGUCACCAGCACCAAGAGUAAGUCCUCCGCUGAGGUCAAGGUCACCAUUAAGAGGACUCUGGUGGGGCCCCGGGGGAGCAGCUCCAGCGAGGGCCUGGGUGCCCAGAUGGACCACGCGGGCACCGUGAGCGUAUUCAAAAGACUGGGCCGGAGGACCUUCUAG